AUAUUGAGAACGACCAUUAAUUUGGUAUUUCCCAAAAGAAAUUUGGCAAUAAACAAAAUUCAGCAAAAAAUCAAUUUGACAUAAAUAAUCUUGUCCGAAAGGGGUUAAAAAACGAGCAACUAUGGACCAAACGCCACGUCACAUUGUCGUUUUACCUUCUCCACUCCCAUCCCCCCAUUGCAUAUCUCUUCUCUCUCUCUCUCUCUCUCUCUCUCUCUAACGCACUGAAACACACACACACACACACACACACAAAUCGUGUAUCCUCUCUCCGCCACACUUUCUCCCUCCAUCACCAUUCUUCUUCUUCUUCUUCACUUACAGAAGGUAACGAAGAAAGGAGAGCUGCGGAUCUCUAUAUCGGAUCUGUAAUUAUUUUUUUUUAAUUUUAAUUUUUUUAUAGCAAAAAAUGGGUUCAAUUAGGGCAGAUCUGGGAAGCAGAAUCCACCCUGAACCGAUCGACCACUUCGACCAUCUCCCUGAUUCCGUCAUCCUUUUGAUCUUCAACAAAAUCGGUGACGUCAAAGCGUUGGGUCGAUGCUGCGUCGUUUCGAGGAGAUUCCACUCCCUCGUCCCCCAGGUGGAUGACGUCAUCGUCCGCGUCGAUUGCGUCAUCUCCGACGACGAUCCAUCCGCCGCCUCCUCUGCCUCCUCCGCCGCCUCCGACAAGUUCCGCCACCCUAUCUCCUCCCUCCUCCGCAUCUUCUCCGGCCUCUUCAAACCCUUGCAAUCCCUCACUCAGCUCAUCACUCCCUCCGCCCGCCGCCUCCCUUCGCACUCGACCGAUUUCGACUCCGACUCCGACCAAAGCAGCGUCACACACCAUUCCCCUACUCAGGUAUUGAAAAAUUUCAAGGAAAUCAAAUUCCUCAGGAUCGAACUGCCGAGCGGUGAGUUAGGAAUAGACGAUGGUAUUUUACUCAAAUGGAAGGCCGAUUUCGGAUCCACCCUCGAUAAUUGCGUUAUUCUCGGAGCUUCGAGCGUCGUUCAGAACAUCAACAAUGGCCGCGAUUGUAAUAAUAAUAAUAACAAUAAUACUAACAACGCUGUGGUGGAGAAUGAUAACGGCAGCAUACCAGAGUCAUUUUACACAAACGGAGGCUUAAAAUUGCGUGUUGUGUGGACAAUUAGCUCGUUGAUUGCAGCCUCAGCCAGGCAUUUUCUGCUUCAGCCUAUAAUAGCCGAGCACAAGACAUUGGAGAAUUUGAUAUUGACAGAUGCCGACGGACAAGGGGUGCUGUCGAUGAACAAAGAGCAGUUGGAGGAGCUGAGGGUGAAGCCAUUGUCAGCCUCGUUGGCAUCGAAGAGGACACUUGUUCCGGCUCUUAAUAUGAGGUUGUGGUAUGCGCCACAUUUGGAGUUGCCAAACGGUAUGGUUUUGAAAGGGGCGACGUUGGUUGCUAUAAGGCCUAGUGAGCAGUCCAAGAAAGAGGCGACUGGUUCCGAUGGGAAUUGGGUUGCAUCGGCAUUUGAAGAGCCGUUUAGGACCGCUUCGAGGAUGUUGGUGAAGAGGAGGACUUACUGUCUCGAAAUGAACUCGUUCUGAAACGGGUGUGUGUUUUUGAGGUACUUGCAUGUAAGACCGCACUGCUUUUGGUUUUCCAAGCAAAGGAGGAUUUUCAAGUUCCGAUAAGCAGGGUAUAAUACUCACUCGGAACAAGCACACAACAAGUUAAUAACCAGCAGAGUUUUCUCGCUUCUAUCCACCUAAGCAAUCUGCUUUCAUUUUGCUUGCAACUUGGAUUAUAUUGUAAGAGUUAAUAUAUCCUUUUGACUCUUCUUCAUCUGCUUAUAAUUAGUUUAUGUAUCUGUGAAUAUUGUAGGUACGGAUAUUGUAUGCUUAUGUAAUGUCCUUUUAAAAGGUUCAUUUCGAGUAUGUAUCAUCAAUUUCAGCUGCAUAUUCCAUGUUAGCUCCACUAACUGCUAGAAUAAAUAUGUAACAAAUCGCUGUUUUUCUUUUCUAUUUUUUUCCGCAAUUCUGAUCUUCGUUUUU